GGACCAUUACUUGAAAAAAAAAACAGAGCAUCUACAAAAACAGAGCAUUUUUUUCCCCCAAAACAUAAAAAAAAUUAAAUGGAUUCUUCUUCUUGUUCUUCUCAUUUCUUCUAUUCUAUGAAUUCUGAUUUAAAUUCUUCUGAUUCUUCAUGGGAAUGGUCCAAUUUAAACAUAUCAUCUUCUCUACCUUUCAACGUUAACGACUCCGAAGAGAUGCUUCUUUUCGGUGUUCUUGCUAACGCUGCUCAGGAAACAACUUCAGAGACAGUUACCUCGUAUCGCGUUAAGGAAGAGGAAGUAAGUUCAAAAUCCGAGGUAAUUGAGGCAAAACCUGGGAAGGAGAAGUCGUUUCGAGGUGUUAGGAGGCGUCCAUGGGGGAAAUUCGCGGCGGAGAUAAGAGAUUCUACUAGGAAUGGUGUUAGAGUAUGGUUAGGAACAUUUGAUAGUGCGGAAGAUGCUGCUUUAGCUUAUGAUCAAGCCGCUUUUUCAAUGAGGGGUACAUCUGCCAUUUUGAAUUUUCCAAUUGAGACGGUUAGGGAGUCUCUACGUGACAUGAAAUGUCACGUGGAUAAAGAUUGUUCCCCUGUAAUGGCGCUAAAAAAGCGCCAUUCAAUGAGGAAAAGGAAUACGAGUUCCAAGAAGAGUAAUAAUAAACUAGUGAGGGAAGUUAAAAUGGAGAAUGUAAAUAAUGUAGUUGUGUUUGAAGAUUUGGGGGCUGAUUAUUUGGAACAACUUUUGAGUAGUAGUUCAAGUGAUCAAAGUUGUUGUGAUGCAACAACUUAUUUUAGUCCAUGGUAAAAUCAAAGAUUUAUCCAUGGUUUUUAUUUAUUAUUUUAUUUUUAUUUCUUUUUGUCUUAGGGGUGGGAGGAUUCCGUCUCUUUGUUGUAAAAAUUUUGGUGAUGGUUGUAAUUUAAGCUUUAUGUGAUUUUGUUAGAUGACUAGAGACUCAUUUUCAUGUU